UCUGCGUGCUUUCAGAGGUGGUGUUCAGACUUGUUAAGACACUCGUGCAGACCUUGUAAGCUCGAAACUUUCACGUCCUAUUUCGCGUCUAACCGAGGACUGCAACCUCAGCCGGAGUUAGUUCAGCGCUUUCUCCGAGAUGUUCGAAGAUCGUCGAUGGGGUCUCUUUAAGCGAAACCUGCAACCCACCAUCACUCUCUGGAGCGCCUUCUGCUCUUUUGGGCUGUGCAUGGCUUUCCUGGGACCAACGCUACUGGACCUCCGCUGUCAGACCCGCUCCAGUCUCAAACAGAUCACCUGGGUGUUCUUCGCCCAGAACUUCUGCGUCCUCGUUGGAACCAUCAUUGGCGGGGUCUUCAAGAAAACGUUCUUCUGCUCCCUGAGUGCGCUGUUUGUCUCCACUCUACUGAUAUCAGCUGUCUUCUCCAUCAUCCCCUUCUGCAGCAACGUAAUCAUUCUUGCCUUUGUCCUGGCCGUGGCCGGGUUGGCCAUGGGCUGCAUAGACACCAUUGCUAACCUACAGCUGGUCCGGAUUUACCAGAAGGAUUCGCCUAUCUUCCUACAGGUCCUCCAUUUCUGUGUUGGCUUUGGUGCUUUCCUCAGCCCCAUGAUAGCAGAUCCUUUCCUCUCUGAAACAAACUGUAUGCAGAACAACCUCACCGCAAAUGGGACCUCAACUGACCUGACGCACAUUCGAAAUUCCUUGAUAUCUCACCAUCUGAUGAAUCAGAGUAACAUUGUUCUGGCGACCAGUGGGCAUUUUGUCUCAAAUGUGUCCUAUGCAUUUUGGAUCAUGGCUCUGAUCAAUUUGCCCGUGCCUGUGGCCGUGCUCUUCCUGAUGUGCAAGCAGGGAUUCGGGGGCUGCUGUAGCAAGAAAAACGCACCCCUCUUGCCAGCCGAGGAACUGCCCGCAGACCUGCAGAUGGACAGAUUAUCAGCAAGGCAGGAAAUUACGUUAAAUGCCAAAGAGCCCGACAAUCUGACGAGUUGCCUCAAGGCUCUGUACCUUCAACAAGCUCCCUGUACCUUCGUUGUCGUCCACAUUGUAGGCGCCAUCGUACUUUUUAUGACAGAUGGGAUUUUGGGUGAGUACUCUGGGUUCGUCUACACCUAUGCUGUUGAGAAACCACUCUACAUCGAGCCUCGAGUGGCAGGUUACCUCAGCAGCCUCUUUUGGGCCUCCAUUACUUUAGGGAGAUUGGCGUCAAUUCCAGUGUCUUGGAAGUUGCGACCUGCAACCAUGGUGAUCAUAAACCUGGGUGGAAUCAUUGGCACUUUUGUCUUGAUGCUGUGUUUCCCAGUCAGCAUUGUUUGCCUUUACGUUGGAACGGGACUUUUGGGCUUUUUCUUGAGCAGCACUUUCCCAAGUAUGUUGGCUUACACUGAAGACAUCUUGAAUUACCAAGGAUGUGCGACAACCGUACUGGUGACAGGGGCAGGAGUUGGGGAGUUUGCCCUCCAGAUGCUGGUUGGAUCUGUUAUUCAGUCACCCGAGACUGAUAUAUUCCUCGUAUGUGGCCUUACCUUUGGAUGCCUUGCUCUUCUGUUCUACUUAGUUCUUCUCCUCGUACAUAGGUUACAUAAUCUUCAGACCAUGACAGGGCCUUCAAAAACACCCACGAUAUCGGAGUCCCAGUUUUCAUACCAGAGCUGAGGUUUAGCAAGCGGCCAGCCACUGUGAUGCACAGUUGACCUGGAAGGAUCCAGUGCAUCAUUGGAAUAGACUAACAGCCUGUGCUGACUUUAACGGUGGACAUUGCUGCAACAGCCCAUAAGCAGCCUUCCCUCCCAUCUUAGAAGUGGCACGGUCGCUUUUGUCUGCUCGUCUGAUG